CAUCAUUCGUCGUGAACUGUUCGAUAAACGCAGAUCAAAACACCAACCAAGAAUCACCAUGAAAUUCCUGAUUGUCUUCGUCGCCCUUUUCGCCCUGGCCCUGGCUGCUCCCGCUGAUGAAGCUACAAUCCUGAAGUCGGUAUCCGAUGUUGGACCCGAGAGCUUCUCUUACGGCUGGGCGACUAGCGAUGGACAGGAGGCUGAGGCCGCUGGUGAGCUGAAGAACGCUGGAUCAGAGAAUGAGGCUCUCGCCGUCCGUGGAUCCUACUCCUACAUUGGUAAUGAUGGAGUGACCUACACCGUCACCUACAUCGCCGACGAGAACGGAUUCCAGCCCCAGGGUGCCCAUCUGCCCGUUGCCCCCGUGGCGGAGGCCCAGUAUUCAGACAGCAUCAUUCGUCGCGAACUGUUCGAUAACCGCAGAUCAAAACACCAACCAAGAAUCACCAUGAAAUUCCUGAUUGUCUUCGUCGCCCUUUUCGCCGUGGCCCUGGCUGCUCCCGCUGAUGAAGUUAAAAUCCUGAAGUCGGUAUCCGAUGUUGGACCCGAGCACUUCUCUUACGAAUCGGAGACUAGCGAUGGAUCGAAAGCUCAGGCCGUUGGUGACUUGGCGAACCGUGGAACAGACAAUGAGGCUCUCGUCAUCAAAGGAUUCUACUCCUUCGUGGCCGAUGAUGGUCAGACCUACACCGUCAACUACAUCGCCGAUGAGAACGGAUUCCAGCCCCAGGGUGCCCAUCUGCCCGUUGCCCCCGAGGCCUAAGUGAAGUUGCCUUAAUCGGAAGCAGCUUCAAAGCCAUCCAAUCCCACCCAACUCCUUGUUAAUAACUCCGAAUCUUACCAAACCGAUCUUGUCCUUGUUUUCAAAGGAUGGGAACUAAGUCAUCCAACCCAACUUGUUAAAUAUUAAAUGAAAAAGAAUUACCAGAAA